AUGACUUCCAAUCGCCUCACCUCCCAGCCCCCGGCAACACCGACCUAUAUUCUCACCUAUCCGGCCCCAUAUGUCCUACUCAUCACAAUCAACCGGCCCAAAGCAAUGAAUUCCCUGCCAUACGCCUCGCACUGGGAAGCAGACGCUCUCCUGCAAUGGUUCGACGCCGAGCCCUCUCUCCGCGUAGCUGUCAUCACAGGCGGAGGCGACAAAGCGUUCUGUGCCGGCCAGGACCUCAUCGAACAGCGCGAUAUCGCUAAUAUCCGGGAACGUAUAGCGAAAGGCGAUGUGGCUGCGAAGAAGGAGUUGCCAGAUCGCAGGACGCUCACACAUCCACCGUCUGGGUUCAUGGGCGUUAGCCGACGAGCGGGUAAGAAGCCUGUCAUCGCUGCUGUUAAUGGGUGGGCGAUGGGUGGCGGCUUCGAGAUCUGUCUGGGUUGUGACAUGAUCGUCGCCAGCCCCAAAGCCACUUUCGGUCUACCAGAAGCCAUGCGAGGACUCUAUGCCGGCGCAGGAGGACUCUCACGAUUAGUGCGGCUAGCAGGCAUGACCAUAGCCUCCGAAAUUGCCAUGUCCGGACGCUUCCUCUCAGCCCAAGAAGCAGCACAGUACCAGAUCGCCAACAGAGUCUCCAAGACUCAUGAGAGUUGUGUUCCCGAGGCGGUAGAGCUGGCGGCUAAAGUAGCGAGUUUGAGCCCUGAUGCGAUUAUUGUCACCCGUCAUGGUUUGAGGCAGAGUUGGGAGACGGCGAGUGUGGAGAGGGCAAGCCAGGAGACUGAAUUGAGACACGGUGCGGGAUUGAGGGAUGGAGAGAACAUCGGUAUUGGACUACGAGCUUUUGCCGAGAAGAAGCAGCCGAAAUGGGUGCCAUCGAAGUUGUAG